CCAAAGUGCCUGCCGAUGUUCCCUGGGAUCCACGCAAGCGAAGAGCGUCUACAUUCCGAUUGGCUGUCAGUGUUUGGUUUCCUGGUCAGUGCGUCUGAUGCUGGAGUCGGAGUCACGUCUCUGUGGAUAAUCUCAUCGAGCUGUGCUUAUGAAUACAUCGAUAUGAAGGCGCUAAUAGGGCUGCUGCUGUUGGUCUUUGGUCACGGUGUGUCCUCAGUGCUUCACUCUCUGCAGUAUUUCUACACGGCGUCGUCUGGACUCACAACCUUCCCAGAGUUUGUUGUUGUUGGGAUGGUGGAUGGAGUUCAGAUGGUUCACUUUGACAGCAACACCCAGAGAACAGUCCUCAAACAGGACUGGAUGGAGCAGCUCACCAGAGAUAACCCCGACUACCUGGAGAGGAGCAAUGGACUCUCUCUGGGUUCCCAGCAGGCCUUCAAAGCCAACAUUGGGAUUGCCAAGCAGCGCUUUAACCAGACAGGAGGUGCCCACGUAUAUCAGGAGAUGUAUGGUUGUGAGUUGGAUGAUGAUGAUGAUUCUACUGAUGGUUAUAACCAGUUUGGUUAUGAUGGAGAGGACUUCAUAGCGUUGGACCUGAAGACCCUGACCUGGGUCGCUCCAGUACGUCAGGCUUUCAGCACCAAACAGAGAUGGGAUGGGUUAAGAGCUAGUAAUGAACAGGAUAAGCACUACCUCACCAAGGAGUGUGUUAAUUGGCUGAAGGAGCACCUGUCCUAUGGGAAGAGCACUCUGCAGAGAACAGAGCGUCCGCGGAUGUCUCUGCUCCAGAGGAGCCCCUCCUCCCCAGUGGUGUGCCAUGCUACAGGCUUCUACCCUGACAGGGUGGUGGUGUUCUGGAGGAGAGACGGCCAGGAGCUCCAUGAGCAGGUGGACCCCGGGGAGGUCCUCCCCAACCACGACGGGACCUUCCAGGUCAGCGUGGACCUCAACCUCAAGGCCGUCCCACAGGAGGACUGGGGGAGGUAUGAGUGUGUGGUCCAGCUGAAAGGCAUCGAGGACAUCUCCACCCCCCUGGACCCCGCCCUCAUCAGGACCAACUGGGGCAAGAGUGGCCUGACUGGCCUCACCAUUCCCAUCAUCAUUGGGUUGCUUGUUCUCCUCCUCGCUGCUGCUGCUGCUGUUGUUGGAGUCCUUCUGUACAAGAAGAGGAACGCUUCAGACAAGGGACACAAACUAGUUGGUUCUGACACCAGCUCUGACACCAGCUCUGACACCAACUCUGACACCAGCUCUGACACCAGCUCUGAGAAAACUGAGGGGCAGAAUCCGGCUCCUGAGGCCCAACCUCUGGUUAAAGUUAAAUCAUGAAGAGGCUUCUCACAUUCCUCUUCCUAAAGCAGGAUGGAAUGGAUCACUGUCAUCUAUAAUCAUCACAAUCAGUUUGGGGACUUCAGAUGACUAAAGAUGCUAUAUUUGCUUAAUUACAUUAACAUUCAUACUUUAUUUUGAUAGAAAACUCAAUGGAUAAUAACUCAAUGGAUUAAUAACUCAAUGGAUUAAUCCUGCAAUCUUUCAGUGACCCUUGGAAACAUGGCAACAUGAACCCGCCAUGAUGGCGAUUUUGCUUUGGGUCUAACUGCCUCAUCUUAUAAGAUUUAAAUUAUGUUAUAUUGUUUAGUCAUUUUUAUGUUUCAAAUAAUGUUCAAAGAUUCUGAAUCAAGGUUUUGGACAGUGAGAUUCUGGCUGAAUCCGAAUACUCAUACUUGACUGCUAUAUAGUAUGUAUUUUGUAGUACGCCACAAAUAUAGCGCGUCCGAAUGCUCAGUACGCAUUGUGUAGUACGGAAAACGUUUCCGAAUGCGUACUACCGCCAAAGUAAACCACGGAGUUCACUACGCUAUCCCACAAUGCAACCGGAGUCUGGUAACGAACGAAGAAGAGAUGGCUGACCCGACGCCACCAGAAAGACGUCGUAGUAAGCAUCGAAAAAAAGAGACAUUAAAAAGAGUAAAAUAGUAAAGUAAGUAAUUAAGUAAAAAGAGACAUUUUUUAUUUGAUAGCAACGAUGACAAGACGGAAAACAGGCAACUUAUCAAGGUAAUUUUGCCGGCAUCUGAGGGGAGAUACGUCAUCUCCAAACAUCCGGUGGAGUUUCGGCGGUGUUCGGAAGCGUUCGGAGGCGUUCUACGCAUAGCCGUAGACAGUACCGUCAAGUGGUAGACACUGAACAGAAAUAGUAUGUAGGCCUACUAAUUAUUCGGAUUCAGCCUUAAAGUUCUGCUAGCUAGAGAAUUGCAUUGCUACAUAGGCUACCACAGUCGAGCUAGGAUGCUUUAGCUUUAAUGCUCUUUGCUGGGUUUUCUGUGUUCUUUGGGGAAUUGGAUCAUAGUUUGGUUAUUCUGUCAAUAAAUACAUAAAAAUUGUUCUGCCUACAUAAAUUUAAUGUACUUAUUGCUAAAUUAGGUUUACAUAUUUCGUUUAGAGGUUA